GCUGGCUGACAGCACUGCCGACAGAACUGUCAUUAGCGCAGAUCAUCAAAGUUCAAAGUGAUGAUGUGUAAUUUUGUGUUUGUUGCAUCGAUUUAGUGCGUAAAAUUGCAAAUAUUCAGCGUAAAAGGAAUAUGUUUGUGAGGUUGUGAUAAAAGAUUGUUAACGAAAUGUCUGCACCGGACCCGGGUGGUGGCCUACCACCGGCGGUAGGAGAUCACGCGCAGUCUGGUAGGCUUACGCCGGAUCUAGGCAGCUUGCAAGAAAAUUUUAGCCAACAACAGGCUAAAAUAACUGCACUGCGAGAGUUAGUCCGUCAAACGGAAACAGCCCACGGUAAGAAAACCGCGUCGGCUCAGGAGAAGGUGAAAAACAUUGCCCAACGUUUGACCCAGUACAAAACCAAAGCAACCAAGUCGCGACUGAGCCGAGCAUCGAGUUCGGAAGUGCAGUCGGAUUUGAUCGCUACACGAAUCAACGAGGAGGGCAGCGAAACCAGUUUCGAUUCCUAUCAGAUUGACUAUGAGGAACAGCAGCAUAUGUCGCUGCCAGUUAUGCCGAUGGUUGCUCCACCUUUGGUGCGAGCUCGCUCCGAGACUCCCGGUAGUGAAAAGUUUAAUUUGCUUCGGCAACAGAUGGAACAGAAUCGUUUGAAAAUGGCUCAACGCGAAAGUCAUAAGCGGGAGAUGGAGGAACGGGUUAGCGAGUUGAAGCAUAAGCUGGAAAGUACUCAGCAAACGUUGGAACGGUCGGUUGAAUAUGGUCGAUCAACGGGUGAUUUAACCUUGAUCACGCCAAUGAAGAUGAGUCGUUUUGAGUUUAACAAGUCGACCUCCGAUUUGACACAACUGGCCGGCGCUGGGUACGGUACCAGUUCUAAUUUCGAUGUCGAAAGAUUAAAGUAUUUGGAAGGACGAGUUAAAGUACUGGAACAACAGUUGGCCAACAAAGAGAACAUUCCCGUCAAGGACGAACAGGUGAAAGAUUUAGAAAGGAAAAUUCUGGAUUUGGAAGAAGCACUUAAAGAGAAGGAAUGUGUCAUCGAAGCAAGAACGCAAGCAGUUUCACUGAUGACGGAAAAUUUGACCUUGAAGGGGAAGAAUACCGUCGAUUUACUGGAAGACACGAAGCAGGAAAUGUAUCGAAUGCAGACUAACUUUGUUCAAGCUGAAUCGAAUCUGAAAGCCGAACAGGAUCGGCUACAGGUCGAACUGGACGAAAGAAACAGCAAGAUAUCAAAUCUAGAAGAAAUGAAUAAUAUCCUUGAGACGGCUCGUUACGAUUUGACCGUCGAGAAUUCUAGUCUCAAGCAGAAGCUGGAAGACGUGCAAGACUUUAGCACCAAAAUUAGUGAACUGAAUAAGCUGAAUCAAAGUCUGCAGCAUCGGAUCACCGAGUUGGAGAAUCAAAAGUAUGAUUUUAUAACCGAUGCCGAAGCGGAACAGGCCAAGUUUGGCGAAAGCGACGAAAAGUAUCGCGAGCUACUGGAUCGUAUUCAUGAGCUAGAGGAUGAACUGUUGAAAAAAACCGCUCCCGAAGAUGACCUACUGGAGAAAAUCCGUUCCUCGGAAGCAACUAUCGCAGCUCAGGCACAACAAAUUGAAUCCCUGCAGCAGCAACAACUUGAAUUGCAGGAAUGCCUCCAGGAGAAAACCGUUGAACUGAAUGUCCUAAAUGCAAAUUUCUCGGUUCUACAGGAGAAACUUAAAACUGCCGGUCCAAAGCCACUUUUCCCUAAAUCAGCCGAGGAGGAAGCGGAAGUGGAAAAUAGCAAACUUAAACAGCAGCUGGACGAAGCCAACAAAAGUGCCAUCAAGUCCAAGCUGAAAAUCAAACAACUGCAGAAACAGGUCGAUUCGUUUAAGAAAACCUCAAACGUUCACGAGGAAGUUGUCCGCUUAACGGACGAAGUUCAAACCCUCACGCAACGUCUUGCUGAGGUAGAGGAGGAAAAAGGUAACCUACAACUGCAUCUGGUUAACUACGAUGGCUCCCUACCGGAUUCGGAACUAGAGAAACGUAACAAAAUUCUAGAAGCCACCUGUCAAAAUCAGAACACUGCCAUUCAGCUGUUAGAAGAGCAGAAGCUUGAUAUUAGUGAAGAUUUAAGUAGCACCCGGCGGCAGCUGGAAACGUUGCGUGAUCAGAUACGGGAACAGCAACAGGCGAGUGAGGAACAUUCGGGUCGCAUCUCUUGUCAAAUGUCAUCGAUUGAAAUUGAGGAAAAGUUGGAGCAAUGUGUUGCCGAUCGGGAGGAAAUGACUGCUCAGUUGAAACGGUUGGAGACGGAAAAGGUGGAACUGCAGCAGAGGUUGGAUCAGUACAUGGUGGAAAAUAUUGAACUGCUGGAUAAGAUUGAGAAGUUGAGUUUGGAGAAGGUCAGCUCAGCGGAGUCGAUCGAGAUUGUGGAAGGGUUGACACCGAAAGAAAAGCAGGAGAUUGAAAACUAUGAGGCAAGCCGGGCCAACGAUCAGGACGGUGGGAAGGAUGAAGUUGAUCGAUCCAAGCGGCGACAUGAAGGUUCGACUGAAGAGUUAAGGACUGCCGGCAUUAACCCGUCGGAGGAAGAGGAAGAAGAUUUGAACGGCAGUCUGGUAAAGCUGCGUGAGGAAAGCUCCGAACUUAUGCACCGCAUCGAACUGUUCACCAACGAGCGGCGGGAGGUUCUCGGAAAAUUGGAAGCAGUAACAAUCGAAAAUCAGGCCCACCUUGAAGAGUUGGAACAAUUGCGGGAGGAACAUCGCCUGCUGACGGAUCGUCACGACGAGUUGGUGACGAGUGAGGGAUCAUUGAGGGAGAAGUUGGCGGAACUGAUGGGUGAAAAGGGUGUGCUGGUGGAGGAGCUGGAGGAAGCACGGCAGUUGAAGGUUCGAUUGGAGGCGGAAGUGAGCGAAGCUAGUUCGAGUCAGAGUUCACCGGCUAGGGUGCCGAUCGAUAGGGGUUCGUUCGAGCAGGCACUGCGCUCGGUGGAGAAUGAGGUGAUGAAUUAUAGCAAGAAUAAGGAUAAAAAUAAGAAGUUGCAAAUUUCGAAGAAGCUGUCGCAGGAUGCGAAGAAUCUGCAGAAGAUGGCGAACGGAUUGCUGGAGGAGUACUGUAGGAGUGUGGAAGAGUGUGACGUGAUGAGGGGUGAGAUUGAACGGUUGAAGGAGAAGGUGAGCGGUUUGCCGAAAGAACAGGAGCAAUUGGAUGAGGUGGCAGGUUUGAAAGCGCAAAUCAUGGAUAUUACACGGGCGCAGAUCGAGAAAGUGGAACAGAUUGAUUCGUUGCGGGAGGAUAUCGAGAGGAAGAACGAAGUAAUUGCGAAAUUGAAGCGGGAGAUGGAGGAACUGAGGGAUGCUGAGAAAUCAUCGGAUGAGGAACCGGAACUGUUGAAGGUUGAGUUGAACAGUAGGAAUGAUGAAAUUCGUGAAUUGAAGAAGGAACUUGAUGCGGUGGUGGUAAAGAAAGCAGGGGAAGUUGAGGAUCUUCAGUCUAGACUCGGGGCGGCUCAUAAGGAAAUUGAUAUUCUGAAAGAAUUGGUGGCUGAACAGAAGCAACAGCUAAUCGAUUCGUAUCAGGAGCAUGAAAAUGAGCUGGCAGGUCGGAUGAAGGAGAUUCAAAACUAUGAAAAUCGAGUUCAACAAAUGCGGGAUGAAAUGGAUAGGAUCGCGCAGCAAGCUGAACGAGAUGCGGAACGGUAUGCCGAUCAGGUUAAAGAACAACUGGCGGAGUUGAGUACGCUGGUUGGGGAUCAAAAGCACGAAGUUAGUCAAAAACAGGAAACGAUCGAUGCACUGAACGGUCAGAUUAUUGAACUGUACAAAAUGAUGGAGGAGAAUGCUAACCGAAUUAUUGAGAAGGAGGAUGAAGUGCAGUAUCUGCAGGAGCUGUUGGACGCUAAAAAAGAUGAGAUGGCAAUGCUACAGGAAAAAUUAAUCGAGAAUCAAAGUUCGCUCGAAAGAGCGAGGAAUCAAGAGAAGCAGCUACGAGAAGCCCUGGCCGUUUCCGUUCAGCCCGUAGUUGAUGAUUCCCGGGUAAAAGAACUUGAAGAGUCUAACCGGGAACUUGACGGAAAGAACAAAGAACUAAUGGAUAAGUUGAGGAAAUUCGCAGCAAAUCUUAAGAAAAAGCACGCUCACUGUCAAGAGUUGGAAGAUAAGCUGGCUGCCAAUCAGCAAGAGCUGGAGGAGUUGCGUAGUUCGGCCGCCGCAUCGGCUGUGUCCAGCGAGGAAGAGUUCAAAGCAGAGAAUGAAGAACUGUCGCAGAAAUUGCACCACCUAAACAACGAACUUCACAAGUUGCUCCAGCAGAAGUAUUCGCUCGAGUCGGAAAAGCAGGCAAUGAUGCAUGAACUGGUGGGAAGAGAUGAGCGAGUCCGCGUAGCGGAGGAAAAAGUUCAGGAAAUGGAGAAUAAACUGACACAGGUGAAUCAGGAACUGGGAACGCUCCAGGAGGAUGUCGGAUCGAAGAAUGUUAAGAUUGAAAAAUGUAAGGCAAUCAUCAAGGAAAAGAUUAAGGAGAUUCAAAGGUUGCAGGAAUAUGAGCGGAAGACUGCCUAUCUGGAAGAUGAGCUGCGAAUGUGCCAGAGUAAGUUGGAAGAUUUUCACAACCAGACGUUGCUACUUGGUAAGCUGAAAACGGACAAGGAGGAGAUGAAUGGUGUGCUUAAGGCGGAAACCGAUCGGGGUAAGUUGCUGGAUCAGGAAGUUCUUCAGGCUGCUGAGAAAGUGAGGAAGCUGGAGGUGGAUCUGGAGCUGUCGGAAGAGGAAAAUCGGAAGUUGAGGGGUCAGAUUGUUAAGUUGGAGGAAGGUCUGUCACUGGUGGAGCAGAGGAGGAACUCUUUGGAGCGUCAGAAAAGAUUGCUGGGUGAUGAAUUGACGGAGAAGGCACAGGAGUUUACUCAGCACGAGGAUGAGCUUAUGCAGAGACUGGCUAAUCUUUCGCAGCAUGAUGAAGCGAUUGAGGUGAAACUACGGGAAAAGGAGGAGGAACUGGUUGAGCUCGGUUGUAAGUUAAGAGACGUUGAACACCAGAGAGAUCAACUGCAGUCGAAGACGGAACAGCUUGAAGGGCAAGUGGUCGCUCAGGAGCAGUCCUGUCGGCGAUCAUCUGAGUUGGAAAAUGAGAAUUACAAUCUUAAUCAAGCGCUAGCGAGUCUUCAAGCUGAUCUUAAACGAGUGGUUGUUGAUUUUGAGGCAAAAGUUUCGGAGAAGGAUACCGAAAUCGAUCAGCUGGAAGUUGAGUUAACGAACCAGCUGGCUAAAAUUGAAAACGAGCGAAAACAGCUGCAGGAAAAUUUGGAGCGAUCGCAGGACAGAAACACGGAUCUCCAGGACGAACUGGUUCGACUGCAGGAAAGUGUCAACUCGUUGGAACAAUUCCGGUCCGAUUUGGAGAAGGAGAUAACUUGGUUGAAGAUGCAGAAUGAAAGUCUCCAACAGGAUAGUAGUGAGCUGCAGGAACUUCGAAUGCAGAUCGUUCAAGAUCAGACGGAGCUGGAGAAUCUACGAGCGCAGAAUGAAGCGCUGGUACAAAAUCAUCAGUGCGAAAUAAAUGCGUUGCGGCAGCAGAUAGCGGACAUGGAGGCCAUCAGGACGCAGCUGAGCCAGAACCAGACGGACGAUCAGGUGUUUGUGCAGAACGAGAUAAUCAAGCUGAAGGAUUUGUUGACGCAGAAGGAAGGGGCGAUAGCUCAGCUAGUGCAGACCAAUCUACAGCUACAGGUUUCAGCAGUUAACGACCCGUUCCGAGGUCUGGAGGGAUCCUCCGAACGAUCAGUCAACGCGAUGGAGGAGAAGAUCCGUGAUCUUGAGAACGAUGCGAUGUGGAAAGAUUCUCGCAUACAGGAGUUGCAGAUCGAAAAGGAUUUGGCUGACGGAAGUUUGGAAGAGCUGCGAAAGCAGUUGCAGGCGCUUCAGAAAUCUGUGGAGCGGGAUGAAGCCAUGGAGGCUCAACUGGUUGAGAGAAGUUCCCAGCUGGAGGCAAUGAGCAAACAACUUUUCCAGACAGUUGGUUCGAGUUCGAGGGAGCAACCACAGCAAGUCAUAUCAACUGCACAGUUCUUCUCAUCGUCUCCGUCACAAUCAAGUGCCGCCGCUCUGUUCGAUACCGUCGGAGAGACCUGGAGCUGGAACGAGCCGUUUACGGCGCAUCAGUCGAAACCAACUCCGGAAGAAAAUCCGCUUCAAGAUGAAGUCGUUAAAUUAAAGACACAAAACGAUUCCGCUAUCAUGAGAAUUGAGGAAUUACAAGCUAAAUUGACGGAAUUUGCUAAUCGAGACGAUGAAUUCCACCAGUUGAAGGACGAGAUUGACAUCUUGCGAGCGCAAAAUUCCUCCCUGCGUUACGAGCUAGAAAUGAAGACCUCCAAAAUCAAGGACAUUUCGCAGCAGUUACAAAGCGGCCAGUCCAAGGUCGAUCAGCUGGAGGAGCAAAUUAAAAGUCAACACGUUCCAACGGUGGCAUCCUUCUUCACCGAUACCGACUCCACGUCUGCACCCGUCUUCGAAGACAUCAUAGUUCCCAAGAGGGCGUACCUUUGUACGCCAAGCCAAUCGCAAGAUACCGAAGAAUGGUCUUUGGAAGAGCCAGUCAUUGCUUCCGCGAAAAUAUCCUCUCAAGCCGCGGUUCCUACCAGGGAUUCGCCGAAGGAUCGAUCACAAUCGGCCCAGAUUCGUGAGUUGAUGGCGUUGAACGAGCAGUUCAAGUCUCAGCUGGAAGAGCAAGCGGGCUCUGCUGAGCGACUACAGCAGGAGUUGAACUACCUGCGACAACAGAACGCUUCGUUGCAGGAACAGCUCAACGAUGUUGACCAACAGAAAGAGUCGAUAGAGAAACGGGAGCUCCAACAGCAGGAACUGUUGAAGGUUCUACAAAUUCAGCAUCAACAACAGCUCGAUUCCUUCCUGACCGAAAAACAAACAGAGUUGGAUCUGCUUCGUAGCCAAAACCAGCUCGAGCAAACGGAGUUCAAGAAUAGCAUCAACGAACUGCAGCAGCGAAACGAGCAGCUCGAGCAAGACCGCGACGCCUACCUGCAGCUUCAGGACGAAUUAGAAAUCCUGAAAGCAAACAAUGCCUCUCUCCUACAAGAACUACAGACAAAAUCCGACAAGAUCCAUCGAAUCUGUCGCACCUUAACGGAAGCGGAAACCAAAAUCGUCCAGCUAGAGGAACAACUGACGAACAAAGAGCUUCCGGUUACGGCAGCCAGCUUUUUCGAAUCGGCCACCCCUCAACAGGAACCGGUGUUCGAGGAAAUCAUUCAAUCCAAACGAGCAUUUGUUACGCAACCGGCGGUGACGGCGACACCGCCACCGACCACUACAGUCGAACUCGAAGAAGACUGCUGGGGUACGGAGGAAGCGAUGCUGGAAGCACGACAUCAGCAAGCCAGCGAAAAGGAUGACUACAUCCGGCAGCUAGAGCUGGAAAAGGAACGACUCCAGCAGGAAAUUGUCGAACUGAAAGUGAAGUCCGGUAAGCUGCUGAAGAAGACAAAAGAGUACAAGGCGAAGUGCGAUAGUUUGGAGCGGCGGUCGGCUUCGGUCGAAACCAGCGAGCUUGAUUUGGCGAUUCAGGAAGAGUUGAAUGGUCAAAUUAAGACAUUGGAGGUUAAGUUAGGUGAACUGCAAGUUGAACGAGAGAAAAGUGUGGCGGAGAAAGAGUCGCUGCUGAAGCGGAUAGAUGUGCUUGUCGCCGCCAACGAACGGUUCACGGAGAUGAAGGAACGACAAGACGUGCAGAUUGAAGUGUUGCAUGCCAAGGUAAAAGAAUUGAACGUGAAAGUGCAGCAGCUAGAAGAUUGGGAUGAAAACAGUGAGCAGAGGGUUAACAAGUCAACGUCGGAGAAUACCUCUCCCGUAGAAGAUGUCACUCAUUUGACGAAUCAGUUAAGAGAUCUUACAAAAGACCUUCAGGAUGCGAGAGUCGAUAAUGAGGAACUGCAGGCUCUGUUAGACGAAGAGAAAGCGAACGUUGAAAUGUUAGAGAAACGUGUCCAACAGAAGGACAACGAAAUUCAAACUUUGAUGGAACAAAUCGACGGUCUAUCUCAAGACUCUCGGACCAUCAAAUCCAGCUUGGAAAGUCUAAACCAACAAAAGUCACAGGAAACCGUAGAUCUAAGCCAACGGCUAAACGAGCUGAUGGCCAAAAACACCGACCUGACGCAUCAGAUAGAGAAAAUGCGUACGGAAAGCUUAUUCCAUUCCUCCGAACAGGAAACAAAACUGCAAGACCAGCUCCAACAACUAAGCGCACAACUUCAGUACAAGGAAGCGGAAAUAGUCCAUCUGAACGAACGAAUCCAGCAACAGAUGCUCGAAGAUCAAACCGAAUCGCUCGUUCAGGAAAUCCUCGGUAAGAACCAGGAAAUAACUAGUCUCAAGUCGCGCAUCCAACAGCUGGAAACCGACCGGCAGGAAUUGGAACACAACCUAACGCUUCAAAUAAGCAAGGAACUAGCCUCGACACGACCGGAGCACGAGCAAAGCUCUCGUCUAGCAGAGCUGGAACGAACCAACAAAGAACUUUUAGACGAGAAAUGCCAGAUGGAGCAGGAACUCCAAGUGUUAAACGAUCAGGUCAUCCGAAGCCUCCAGUUUGAAGAUCGUAUGAAGGGAACCGUCCUCGAUCUGGACGCUAAAAACAUCGAAAUCGAAGCCCUCAAAGCAUCGCUGGAACAAUUGAAACAAAACGUCGAAAUCAGCGCAAAGCAGCAACCAUCCGACGCCGAUGAUCUCAGAAAGCAAAUCGAUAAGCUGACGAAGGAACGAGCCGAUUUGGAGGCAAACUAUCGCAUCACGCUAGAUCAACGGGACGCCCACUGGGCUCAGGUUGUGGAUGAACGUGGAGCUCAGGUUGCGGAAAGUUGGAAACAGCACGUUGAUUCGCGAGAAGCUGAAUUCUCCUUCAUAGAGAAAAGUUUACGCGAAGAAAUCGAGCGACUACAGAAGGAAACGGAUAGGGAAUCUCCUAGCGCCGAAGAAAGCCCCGAUGAUUCGCCAAUGGUUCAAAAAAUGAAACAAGCCCUCGAAAAUCAAGAGAUGGAAAUUGUUACGCUGAAAGAACAGCUCGCUAUUCGCAGUGCCGAGUAUGCUCGGCUUGCGGCUCAAGUGGAUCCUUUUGCGGUAAAACAUGCAGCUUCUAUGGUUACCACCAGUGAACCUAGAUCUCAACCGACUGACGGUGAUAAAGUUCCUCGUUCCGAGCUGGAGCUAGCGCUGUACAUGAUCUACCAGCGUGAUAUGCGCUGCGACGAGUUGGAGCUAGAGCUGCGCAAUUUGCUGGGUGAACGUGACGCUCUUCAGCUACGGCUUUCGAAUGCACUCCGACAGCAGGAGGAGUUCAAGCGGAAGCUUACCACACAUCCGGACGAAGCAUCGGGCGAUUCGAGUGAUACGACUUCGAAGACCACCACUCCGGAGAAAACAUUGCAGCAGAUUGUACAAGAAUCAGGCAUCAGUGGAGCCGCCGUUCCAUCCGACGCUACCGAACUGUCCAACAAGCUAUCGGAGUUGCACUCCAUCGGUCACGCUAAGGACAAACGGUUGCAGGAGGAACGCGAACAGCGGUACCGUCAGCUAACGUUGAUCCAGCGAGAUCUUGCCAAUAUGCCGCUGGAGGCGGCCGUCAAAAUUGCCGGAACCAAUAUCUCUCAAACGGAUCCAUCACAGCAACACCAGCAUCAACAGCAGCAGCAGCAGCAGAGCGCUUCAUCCGUACUAAUCAACUGGAUUCUGGGCAAAAAAUCCGACACGUAGAAAAAAGAAUUCCUUGUAUUUAUGUGUAAUCUUAAAAUCGUUGGCUUUUAUAACAAUUACCUUGAUCGAUAAGUGUUUAUACAGUACAGGUGGGAAUGUGGUACUUUUUUUAAAAACGAACGAAUUUCCAAACCAACACACCCCCGCGUCAAUUCACAUAUCAUCAAAAGCGAAAUCUGAACUCUAUGCGAGCGAACUCUAGCCGACUUUCUACGAAAAACAAAAAAACUCCUCGUCAGUAACUUUUUCCCUACUCGGUAAGAACUCCAUACUGACCACUCGACGACAAUGACGGCGGAAUUUAAAUUCGAACUCUACUAGCUUGAAACUCGCCCCGAUCCUCGAACAUAUAUCCUUAGCUACCUUCCCGCUCGGUAAUUCUUUAGGAUACAAACCCUCUAAUAAUGAAGAUCGGUCGUUGCAGAGUACUAAACGAUAUUAAUUGAUGGUUCCUGACAUGUUAGUAAUUUGGAAAAAUUAAAAUUCUACCGUACUUUCGAUUACUGAUAACUAAAAAAAACGCAUUACAAAUAAUUCAAAUUUCUAGGUCAGGAAUUUGUUCGAUUCUGUACAAAUUGUACCACUUUUGUGAUUCUUUAUUUUUAUUAUAAUAUAUUUUGUCAAAUGAGUGUAAUAUAUUCCGUUAACUGCAAAUAAAAGUGUACCAAUAACAACAGUUUGAAA